UAUCUUAAUAUGGCGCGUGCGCCUGAUAAUUGAGGAUCGGCACGCGAUCAGUCAGCUGACCUGUCUUGUGAUAGCUAGGCUGGACUCCGUGAGAGAGGCACGUAUUCACGUCGGUGGCUGGACUGCUCUUGAGAACAUCGCAUCUCAUCGAUAAAUUAAGAUAAUCAUUCAAGAUGACGAAUCAAAGUUUGGCUAAGAUUGCGCAUGAGGAGCGGGAGGGCAAGUUUGGAUAUGUCUAUGCAGUAUCCGGUCCUGUCGUUACCGCUGAGAAAAUGUCUGGGUCAGCUAUGUACGAGCUGGUGCGAGUCGGCUACUAUGAAUUAGUAGGAGAAAUUAUCAGAUUGGAAGGUGAUAUGGCUACGAUACAGGUAUACGAAGAGACAAGUGGUGUGACAGUUGGUGAUCCCGUACUUCGCACUGGAAAGCCAUUAUCUGUCGAAUUGGGUCCCGGUAUCCUUGGCAGCAUCUUUGACGGUAUUCAACGUCCGUUGAAAGAUAUCAAUGAGCUUACAAGCUCGAUCUACAUCCCGAAGGGUGUCAAUGUACCGGCACUCUCGCGUACUGCUUCCUGGGAAUUCAAUCCGCACAAUAUAAAAAACGGCAGCCACAUCACAGGCGGUGACAUGUAUGGCGUUGUACAUGAGAAUACCUUAGUAAAGCAUUGGAUGAUCCUGCCACCUAAAUGCAAAGGCACUGUUACAUAUAUUGCGCCGGCUGGCAAUUAUACAGUUGAUGACGUCGUACUGGAGACUGAAUUUGAUGGCGAGAGGCAGAAAUAUACCAUGCUUCAGGUGUGGCCAGUCCGUCAACCUCGUCCAGUCACUGAAAAAUUGCCAGCUAAUCAUCCUCUACUCACUGGCCAACGAGUCUUGGACUCUCUCUUCCCAUGCGUUCAAGGUGGAACCACGGCUAUUCCCGGUGCUUUUGGUUGCGGCAAAACGGUCAUUUCGCAAGCCUUGUCCAAAUACUCUAACUCUGAUGUCAUUAUUUACGUCGGUUGUGGAGAACGUGGUAACGAAAUGUCUGAGGUACUACGUGACUUUCCUGAAUUGACUGUGGAGAUUGAUGGUGUUACCGAGUCCAUUAUGAAACGUACCGCUUUGGUCGCUAAUACAUCCAACAUGCCUGUGGCUGCGCGUGAAGCGUCCAUUUAUACAGGUAUUACUUUAUCCGAAUACUUUCGAGAUAUGGGUUACAAUGUGUCGAUGAUGGCGGACUCGACAUCUCGUUGGGCCGAAGCUCUCCGAGAAAUCUCAGGUCGUUUGGCUGAAAUGCCUGCUGAUUCUGGUUACCCUGCUUAUCUCGGUGCUCGUCUAGCCAGCUUUUACGAACGUGCCGGAAGAGUCAAAUGUUUGGGAAAUCCAGAUCGUGAAGGAUCCGUUAGUAUCGUUGGUGCUGUAUCACCACCAGGUGGUGAUUUCUCUGAUCCUGUGACUAGCGCGACACUCGGUAUUGUACAGGUGUUUUGGGGAUUAGAUAAGAAACUUGCACAACGUAAACACUUCCCAUCUAUCAAUUGGCUGAUAUCAUAUAGCAAGUAUUUGCGAGCAUUGGAUGAUUUCUAUGAUAAGAACUUCCCAGAAUUCGUCCCGCUGAGAACGAAAGUUAAGGAAAUCUUGCAAGAAGAGGAAGAUCUGUCGGAAAUCGUCCAGUUGGUAGGCAAGGCCUCACUCGCCGAAACAGAUAAAAUCACGCUUGAAGUAGCAAAAUUGUUAAAGGAUGAUUUCUUGCAACAAAACAGCUAUUCGCCGUACGAUCGCUUUUGUCCAUUCUACAAAACUGUGGGAAUGUUACGAAAUAUGAUUGCUUUCUAUGAUAUGGCGAGACAUGCGGUCGAAUCAACAGCGCAAUCAGAUAAUAAAAUAACGUGGAAUGUCAUUAGGGACAGUAUGGGCAAUAUUCUUUAUCAAUUAAGUUCUAUGAAAUUCAAGGAUCCUGUCAAGGAUGGCGAAGCAAAAAUUAGGUCGGACUUUGAUCAAUUACAUGAGGACAUACAACAGGCAUUCAGGAAUUUAGAAGAUUAAAUUUCUAUCUUGUAACUUGUUAAAAGCAAUUUUAAGAUAUUGAUUGUUCUAUAUCUUGGUCCUAACAUUUAAGGAUGUCCCGGUCUAGCUCGUGAAUUGCAGAUAACUUGCCGAAAAUAUGCAUAUAGCAGUGUUAUCGAUUAUACAAUAUAUUAUUUAGCAUCAUCCUUGAAAGCAAAUGAAUUGUAAAUAGAAAAGUUGCGUUGAAUUCUCAGAUAUUACCUUGCAGUGAAAUAUCGUUCGAGACAAUGCCAUGUCAUGUACAUGAUGAUUGAGACAAUAAAGUGGGACAUUCUUAAAUGCUUAAAACGUACAUUUAAAAAUACACUCCGUGUGUUCGAGAGUUAACUUGACUCAAAAUCCGCGAGAGUUUUAUUUGUAAUUAAUCGGAUAUUAUCAGAGAAAGUAAUUUUACCCUUUGCAAAAAUGUACUUUCGUCUUGUUCGCUUUGUUAAAGGUGCAAAUACCAGGAAGUUAAUAUUCCUAUAUGUUUUCUGUGUAUGUGUAAUAUAAACAAAAAUUAUAUAAAACGGCUUUUCCCGUUUCAUUCUAACGCGCGCAGAUUAGAAUUAUUGUUAUGAAAAGAUACUCUCCUAAUAAUCGAUCACGAGGCACGUGGAUGACACGGUAACUCUUACCUUGCAAGAGAUUGAAUCGUGAAAUAUAUUAAAUAUUGUAACAUAUAUAUACAUUAUAAUGUAUAUUAAGUAUUGUAACUAUUUAAGAAAAAUGCGAUAGAUAAUAAUCGCAACUGUUACACAUAAUUAAGCAUAUUAUACUUUAACAAUGAAGCGUUACAAAUAUAAUUGCAUAAUUUGAAAGUUUAGAAAAGAACACACACAUGAUAGAUUAGAUAAGUGAUUAAGGUGCAGAAUCUUCAAUAGUGAAGAUAAAUACGAGAGAAAUAAGAAUGUGUCUGCACGACUAGUGUUCCAUUGACUUCGAUACCAUUUCCAUUGUAUGAUAUGUAAAAAAAAAUACAAUAAAAGAAUUAUGCAAGAAUUAUACAAAAGGAUCAUAUAAACAUA